AUGGCGCACCCAUGUCUGACCCGCGCAUCCUUCCGGGACAGCUGGCCACCACAGCUGUACAAGGAAGCUUCGAAGAAGGUGGGUUCUGCCCUCCUGGGACCCACACCUGACAUGGUAUAUAAGGGAAGGGUCCUAUCUUCCCCCAAGAAGCUCUCUCAUCUCUCAUAUCUCAUUGACCAAAGUUUUCUCCUUCUAUCAGCAUCAUCCGACAAGCUCGUCGUCGGUCUCCUCCGGUCUCCGAUCUGGCGUGCCUUCCUCGCCCUCGUCGUCACUGGCGGCAGUAGCAGCAGCUCCCCGACCUGGACGUCGUCGCCGCUCCGUCUCUUGUCGCUGCCUCGCAAUCAGUUUCAUGCCGUCAUUGCGCCCGUCGACGUCGAGACAGAAGCAGCAGGUCCCCGACUUCCUCCUCGCCUUCAACAACUCCUCGGCCUCCUUCGCACAACCUGGUCCCAAUCCGUAGAUCGAGUAGGUGCUCUUCUCUUGGAAGCUUUUAAUGCAGCAAUUGUCAAUGGUGGGAGGAAAGGAGGAAUAAUCAUUCAAAGAUUUCAUGAAGCAAUAAAUUUUUCUCCUGAUCCAAUGUUGUACAACAAGGACAAUAUCUGAAGUUCAAUGGGAUGCAGUAGUACAUUGAGGUUGAUAUAUGAUGGGGACUACUAGACUGUGUAUCAAAGAAAAAUCAGUAGCAAUUUAAUGUUUGGUUGUACUCCAUGAGAAUUUUUUAUUUCUUGAAUCAUUGUUUGAGCAUUUUAGGCAAUUUAAUACCUUCUGAAAUAGGUGCAGUAACAGAUUGUUAAACUGAUUUAUUUUCUUUUUUACUUUCCAAUUGUCAUGACAGGUUUAUUGUCUUAGUUGGCUAUGAAUAUUUCAAUAACAGAUUAAAUAUGUGGUUUAUUUACUGGGUGAAACAGAA